AAAGUCCAAUCCAGCAAAAAAAGGCCCAAAAGUUAACCCGCGUCUUCUUCCCCUAACGCCUAAAAAUGAAGGCAGUUUUCACAUUCAAAAGGAGCAGCUGCAGCAGCAGUUAUACACUUGCAACUACUGAGCACAGAAAACAAGCAAUCCAAUUGAAAGAGAGAGAAACAGAUAGAGAGAAAAUGGGAGGAAGGGGAAGAUCUCGCACUCAGAGAAAGCACUUCAGCCAGAACAGAGAGAACGUGUGGAAGCGCCCCAAAUCCGACGGUUCUGCUAUUGACACACCCGCCGACGCCAACAAUGGCGGCAAAGUACAUAAACAUUGGGAGCCCUUCGAGACGCAGAACCUCGCUUUCGACGAAUAUUACAAAGUGCAAGGAAUUGUAUCAGCUGAAGAAUGGGAUACCUUCAUUAAGUAUCUUAGGACGCCGCUCCCUGCUGCUUUCAGGAUUAAUUCCAGUAGUCAGUUUUAUAAGGAUAUUCUGUUCCGGUUGGAGAAUGACUUCAUGAAAUCCCUUCCGGCGGAGGAUACUGAUGGAAAUGCAGUGAAUGCAAUAGAGGUAUUGCCGUGGUACCCUGAUCAUCUUGCUUGGCAAUCAUAUUAUUCUCGAAACCAGUUGCGGAAAAAUCAAGCCCUUGAGCAGUUUCAUGAGUUUCUGAAGCUUGAAAAUGAGAUUGGAAACAUAACGAGACAGGAGGCUGUGAGCAUGGUUCCUCCUCUGUUCCUUGAUGUACGUCCAGAUCAUUUUGUUCUUGACAUGUGUGCGGCACCAGGGUCAAAAACAUUUCAGUUGCUGGAGAUGAUAUACAAGUUGACUGAACCUGGAACUCUACCCACUGGAAUGGUCAUAGCAAAUGAUCUGGAUGUUCAAAGAUGUAAUCUUCUUAUUCAUCAAACAAAAAGGAUGUGUACUGCAAACUUGAUUGUCACAAAUCAUGAAGCACAAAACUUUCCAAGCUGCCAUUUACAUAGGAAUGCUGAAAACAUUAAAGGACCUGGUAUUCGUCAGCUUCAAUUUGAUCGUGUUUUGUGUGACGUUCCUUGUAGUGGCGACGGAACUUUACGUAAGGCUCCUGAUAUGUGGAAGAAAUGGAAUGCAGGAAUGGGUAAUGGUCUCUUUGGCCUACAAGUCCAGAUUGCAAUGCGAGGUCUAGCGCUGCUCAAAGUUGGUGGACGGAUGGUAUAUUCCACCUGCUCCAUGAACCCAGUGGAGAAUGAAGCUGUAGUUGCCGAGGUUCUGCGGAGAUGUAAAGGAACAAUCGAGCUUGUAGAUGUAUCCACUGAGCUUCCCCAGCUUGCCCGAAGGCCUGGUCUUAAGACAUGGAAGGUUCGUGAUAGAGGACUGUGGUUAACAUCUUAUAAAGAUGUUCGUAGAAAUCGCCAAUCUGUUGCACCUCCGGGCAUGUUUCCUUCUGGGAAGCUGUAUGAUGAGAUAUCAGAACCAGAUCAGGAGACGGCCUCUGGACAAAUGUGUGAGAACAGUAAUGGUAAUAAUGGAAACGGGAGUGAGCUCAUUGAUGAUUCAGUGGCUCCUACAAGCAAUUUGGAGGCAGAAGUUUCAGAUUUACCUUUAGAACGUUGUAUGAGGAUAGUUCCUCAUGAUCAAAAUUCUGGGGCUUUCUUCAUUGCUGUUUUCCACAAGCUUUUGCCCCUGCCUGCCCCUACGCCUAUUCAGAGAAAAGUUACAAGCCUUACUGAGAAAGAUUCUAAUAGUGCUGAAUCUCAGAAGCAACUGAAUGAGGUGAAAGAGGACAAAAAUGGGGAUAGUACUGAUGGUAGUGGUGAGAUAGAUGUUCAAAUGUCUGAAGCAGCUCCCGCUGCCAGUUUAGUUGAUACUGGAAUUUGUGAAAUCCCUUCGGAUGCUGACCAGAAUAAGAAACAUGAGCAAAAUGAAGAAGAGGAGAAUAAAACUUUGCCUGAUGACAAGGCUGAUGCCAAAACUGUUCCAGGAAAAAGGAAGCUUCAAAUGCAGGGGAGAUGGAGAGGAGUUGACCCUGUUAUUUUCUACAAGGAUGAGACUGUUGUGGGCAAAAUAAUGGACUUUUAUGGGAUCAAGGAAUCCUUCCCAAUCAAAGGCCAUCUUAUUUCAAGAAACGAAGACAUGAGUCAUGUGAAGAGAAUUUAUUACGUAUCAAAUUCUGUGAAGGAAGCUCUUGAAUUGAACCUUCUUGGCGGCCAGCAGCUAAAGAUAGCUGCAGUGGGACUUAAGAUUUUUGAACGCCAAACUUCAAGAGAGGGGUCAUCUGCACCCUGUUUAUUCCGUAUUUCAUCUGAAGGAUUGCCGCUGAUUCUUCCACACAUAACUAAGCAAAUUUUAUAUGCUUCUCCGAUAGAUUUCAAGCAUCUCCUGAAGUACAAAAGCAUUAAAUUUCCCGACUUUGUCGAUGCUUCCUUGAGAGAGAAGGCUGCAGAGCUAAUUCUGGGUUGUUGUGUGGUUAUUCUGCGUGCAGAAGGCUGGGUCUCGUCAGGUUCAGGGGAAGAUGCUAUGCCUAUUGCGAUUGGGUGUUGGAGAGGUAUAACUAGUGUAUCCGUAAUGGUGAAUGCAAAUGACUGCCAGGAGCUGCUUGAACGGGUGUCGGCGCUCCGCUCAGAUGAGGCCUCCGAGCCGAGGCCAGUCGCCGAUGCAGUUCCUAUCCAAGAACCCACGGAUGAUGUUCCUACCCCAGAAGCCAACGCUUCUGAUAUCACAGUAAUGGCUCCGGAAACUUCAUGAUUGAGCCAACAAUUUUGGAGAUAUUAGUCGAGAUUUUGGAGAUUGCAAUGACUAAUGAUAUUGAUGGCAAUUUGUUAUGAAAGGAUUCACACAAAUUAUUAUUUAUGAUUAUGGGAUGUAAAAUGUGGAUGUUGGCCAUGAUCAGCAGGGUAAUUUUUCGAGUUUCCCUCUAUGUAAACUUCCAGCUGUGAUUAGGUGUUC